AUGCCGUCCAUUGGACAUGCUCCAUCUCCAGUGUGCUGCAGGAGGCACAAGGCUUUGAAAAAGCCAAGUCGAACGAGUGGCCAAGAAGGGUGUAGAGAUGUUGACCUCAUGAAAGAGUGUCAGGAAGCUUUGGAUGACUGCUGUCCACACCAAGGAGAUGAUCAGCUGGAACUGCAAGAGGAGGAGGAGGAGAAAGGCAUAAGUCAAAGCAACCACAGCCACGUAGAUUCCCUUCUCUCCUUGAAGGGCUAUUUACAGCUUCUGUCAUCACAGAUGGAAAAUAUGCUAGAAGUCAAUUUACUGGAAGAUAUACAAGUUACUACUUCUAGUAGAGGCUGAGACCUAUCAUGCUCACACCACAAUAUAUUAAGUUUGACCCAGACACUUUACCACUGUUUCAGUCCUCAUGAUGCCACGCUAUUAAGAACCGACUACCCCACUCAAUCAAAUUCAGAAACAAGACAUCUACGAAGGCAAAAGUCUUUUUCUCAGUCAAGCUCUAAUAUCACAAAUCAUUGGUCAAAUUUGAUGGGGCUGUUUUCAGCUGCUGACAUUAGAAACCUAACGGCCCAUAAUGAUAAUUUUGAUGAAAAUAAACUCACGUCUUUGGAGGAAGGCUUUGAUCCUAUAGAAGUUCAGUUCCUUGAAGAACGUGGGUCAGAUUCAGAAUUGUCUUUGAAUUCAAGUCACAGCACUGCCUCUUACUGAGUCUGCAGUGAAGGUGCUGUUGGGUACAGCAAUGAUGUUAAAUCUGCUUCUUCACAUGGCUUAGGAGCUGUUGGUGGCCAUAGCCAAGAAUGCAGUAAAUAUGGCCAUGUGGAAUACCCAGGUGAUUCAGAGUGUUCUAGAGAAGCCACGCUUCGGCAUUUCCUUCAUAACCACAUUUAUAAUCAGGUGCCAAGUCAAGCAGCAUCCACUCCAGAGCAUCAGCAGCAGAUACGGAUGGAGAAACCAAACAAAGUAAAGGGUAGGUGCCAUAAUUCUACUGAUACAAACCUUAGCAGCAAUGAACACCGUGCAAAAGCUCUGAGAAUACCAUUUUUGGUAGAUGAAAUUGUGAGCAUGCACAUUGACUCCUUCAACACCACACGAGCAAAGAACCAUCUGACAGAUACUCAGGUAUUACUUUUACAUGACAUCAGACGAAGGAACAAAGUUGCUGCCCCAAAUUGUCGUAAACAGAAUGCAAUUCUUAACUUGGAAGAAGACAUAUGUAAUCUUCAAACACAAAAGGUGAGCCUUAAAAAGGAGCACUCUCAGUGUAGCAGAUCAACCAGCUGGAUGAAGCAAAAGUUAAAUAACUCUUACCGUGAUUUCAGUAGAUCGAGGGAUGACCAGGGUAGAUCUGUUAACCCAUGCCAAUAUGUCAUUCAUCGCAGUAGUGAUGGCAGUGUUUUCAUAAUACCCAAACACUUGGUCAAAUCAGAACAGAAACAAGAUAAUGAAAAAGAGCAGAAACAAAAAUAAGAUGGCUGAAGAUCA